AAAUAGCUUGUUUUAUUUAUUUUGUUUAGCAAAAUCAGUUUCUAUGCUUUCUCAAAGUAUAUCUGAAAACUUACAGAUAUCAGCAAAUGGAAAUUUUAUAAAUUUAAACAAAUUUUCAACUCAGUAUUUUUUUUUCAAAUAGAUCUUUUUUCAAAUAGAUCUGGAAGUACAUAAGAAAUUUGAGGACAUACUGGUGCCUGAUUUGUCAAACAAACUAAAGGUUUUUUUUAUGAAGCAGUUUUUAUAUUUAGCCAUGCAUGUUAAAAAUAGUUUUGUUAGUACUGUAUUAGAAGGUGGUUCUGAUUAUUUCUUCUGUUAAUCAGACGAGUAAAAGCAGGAUAGCACUAACUAGUGUUUUUCAAUUUCAUCUAGUGUGGUAGAAAACUCAUUUCCAAAAUAACAACAACUGGAUAAUGUGCAAGCAAUCAUGUUAUUAGUUCCAAGACUUUCAGGUUUCAGUGAGUCACUAGCCUCAUGCCCCCAGAUGAACCCAGAGCAAGAGCUGCAAGGUUACAUGGGUCUUAUAUAGAAUGUUGAUCAAGGACAAUUUGAGCAGGUGUUUACAGCAGCAGAAGACCUCAAAUAUAGAAAAAAAAGGUUGUUCAAUUUUUGUUUGUUGUUCAAUUUUUCAAAAAAGUUGGACCCAAAGAAAGACAACAGCAUUAAGAAAAGCUGUGAUAGUUGAGCUGAGCUAAGAUUUUAGUAGUUAUUCCAACAAACUACCCUGCAUUUACAGUGGAAGAGGGAAGAGAUAAGGAAAUUGCAGCAUUUAUCCUUGAAUCGUGUCAUUUCAAGGCAUGAACUCUUACCAACAACUGCUGUGUUGCUGUUUUUUCUUCUUUCAGGAAACCCAGCGUUUGCUGGCAGAACCUGUUCCUGGCAUAAAGGCAGAACCAGAUGAAAGCAAUGCACGUUAUUUUCAUGUGGUCAUUGCAGGGCCACAGGAUUCCCCCUUUGAGGGUGGGACAUUUAAACUUGAACUAUUCCUUCCAGAAGAAUAUCCAAUGGCAGCUCCGAAAGUACGUUUCAUGACCAAAAUUUAUCAUCCUAAUGUAGACAAAUUGGGAAGAAUAUGUUUAGAUAUUUUGAAAGAUAAAUGGUCUCCAGCUUUGCAGAUCCGUACAGUUCUGCUAUCAAUCCAGGCUUUGUUAAGUGCACCCAACCCAGAUGAUCCACUAGCAAAUGAUGUAGCUGAGCAGUGGAAGACCAAUGAAGUCCAAGCCAUAGAAACAGGUGUUGUAUCUUCAUUCUAGGCCUAGUACCUCUCUUCAAGAUACCUACCUACCUAUCUAUCUACCUACCUACCACCACCAUCCCCCUUUCUCUUUCUGAUGUGGGUGAUUUGAAGAAAAUAUGGCCCUUGCCUGUGUUUCACAUUGCUUUUCUUUUGCUUUUGCUUUAUAAACAUUUUUAGAUUAUAGAUAUGCAUGCAAGCAGUUAACUUUUUUAAAUGAAGGACUAAUAUCUGGUUAAGCAUAAUUUCUACCUACCGUACCCUCCAUUGCUGAAGUUUACUUUCCAGCUAGUUUGUUAAGGUUACUUGAAUAAGCAUAUUGUGUAUACCAGAAAAAAAACAUUAGAUAAAUUAUUCUUCCAAAUGGUAUGCUUUAGUGUCACAAAUGAGACACACUGAUCACUACUAAUUAUGAUAAAUACUGCAUAACAGAUAGUAGUUAUCACAUGAGCCGAGGUGGCGCAGUGGUUAAAUGCAGCACUGCAGGCUACUUCAGCUGAC